UCCCGUAGUCUAUCCAGUCUCCGGUAAACAGCAGUCAUGGCGACAGUGGUCCAACCGCUCACCCUGGAGCGAGAUGUUGCCAGAGCCAUUGAGCUGCUAGAGAAGUUGCAGGACACAGGAGAUGUCCCCAGUCACAAACUUCAGUCUUUGAAGAAAGUGCUUCAAAGUGAGUUCUGCACAGCCAUCAGAGAGGUCUACCAGUAUAUGCAUGAAACCAUCACUGUAAAUGGCUGUCCAGAGUACCAGGCAAGGGCCACUGCCAAGGCCACAGUGGCAGCGUUUGCAGCCAGUGAAGGUCACUCUCACCCAAGGGUGGUGGAGCUGCCCAAAACAGACGAGGGGCUUGGCUUUAACGUUAUGGGCGGAAAGGAGCAGAAUUCACCCAUCUACAUCUCACGCAUCAUCCCGGGGGGCGUGGCUGAGAGACAUGGGGGUCUGAAGAGAGGAGACCAACUGCUCUCUGUCAAUGGGGUGAGUGUAGAAGGGGAGCACCACGAGAAGGCUGUAGAGCUCUUGAAAGCAGCCAAGGACAGUGUGAAGUUGGUGGUCCGGUACACCCCCAAAGUGCUGGAGGAAAUGGAGGCGAGGUUUGAAAAGCUGCGCACGGCCCGGCGGCGUCAGCAGCAGCAGCUCCUCAUGCAGCAGCAGCAGCAGCAGCAGAACCAGGCUUCACAGCAGAACCACAUGUCGUUGUUUCAGAAGAAAAAGUGAAUGAGCGACAGCAGCAGAUCUCAAAGACCAUCUGUCCGUGCUGAGAAUUCCAAAGGAAAAACCUCUAUCUCUCUCAAUGUGGAUGAGGAUGAAUACUUUUUACUCUCCACGCUCCCUCAGCUCAUGUGUACCAUCGAUUUCAAAGCAGAAACAAAGAGAUAUUCCUUGCGGGGGACUACUGCUACAAGUCGACCAUUUAAACUUUGUAUUCUCUUUGGUUGUUACCUUUUUCCUGAAUAGUUGAAGAUUGUGAGUUAAAUUGAAUCUUUCUUUUUGUGAUUUAUGUUUGAGAUCACUAUUAUGAUUUAAUGAUUAAUAUUACAAUGUGGCACCUUUGCCGUUUGGCCAUUGUUAUCAUUUACACAGUGGUGUUUAAAUGACUCCUCAACUGGUGCUUGUGUCUCUGUAUGAAUGAUCAAUUCAUCUGAUUUGUGUCUUGUUUUUGGAUAAAUGUGACAAACAAUUUUUUACCUUCUUAUAUUGUAGCAAGAACAGAUUUUGUAUCCUGUAGAGUUAGCAAUAACACGUAUAGUUCAGUUUGAUUUUUCAAAAAUUCACUCACUUCAUGUAGUGAUAAAGAUGUGUAAACUGGUUAUUUGCAUUGUAAGGCAGCUUUUGUCCAAAUUUGUGCCAUUUUAAGAGAUUAUCGACAAAUUAGAAAUCAGCAACUACAUACUCAAAUUAAAUAAGAAUUUAGCUUGUUCCGACAGAUGAAAAGAUUGUCAGCCAAAAAUAUAUUUGUUUGUGUUUUUUGUUUUGUUUUUUCAGAUUUGUCUAUUUAUUACAGAUAUAUGAUAUAGAUAACAUGUUUUAUUCUUUAUUUUAAAAUAUAUUUAUUCAAUGAAAUUGUUAUGUAAUGUUUAUCACUGUAGUAUGAAAGUUUAUUUAUUCAAUUCAGUUUUGGACAAUCAUGGCGAGAAGCAGUGGCAGCUUUCAACUCUGUCUGAUUGGGAAAUGUGAUUUAGCCCCGCCCACUGAUUGUGUUGAACACUCCUUAGAUUCAAAUAAGUGUUUGCUGUGACUCUUCGUCCCCUCUUUGGUGCUAAGCUUUCUGCCAGUGUCUAGUCACUGCACUUUCCAAUGUUGUCUUUUCUUUAGCUCAUUUGCUGUUCCUUUGUUUCUUUGUUUAAAUUAAAAUAUAUAGUCUAAGUUGCAGUAUUUUGGUAUAUUUCAAGACACAAUUAGACUUUUCUGUGUAAUGCCACACAUAGAAAUAAUAAAAAAAGGCACAUUAACACUUUUGGUUUCUAUUAAUAUUCAAUAUUUAACUCCCUUUUUCUAUUGUUAACGUGUCUUUCUAAAUUCACUUUUGAUGCGGAUGGUCCAAUGUGCAGAAAAGAAAAAGAGAAAA